AUGGCUGUGUUCGUGCGAACUGAAUCGCAUCGUCAAACACAUCAUCCUUCAUCGAUGCCAUUGGACAUUGGCGAUGAAACAUUGAUUAGCCGAUAUGAUAAUGCUUG